AUGGGUGAUUUUAACGUUGUGAGAUAUCCAGAAGAUAGACUUAAUUCCACUUUUGAUCCAGUUGUAGCCAGGCUUUUCAAUGAUUUUACAGAGAAUAAUAGUCUUGCGGAGUUUGCUAUGAAAGGCGCCAAGUUUACUUAUUUUAAGAAGAAAGGGAGGAAGUUUAGCAAGCUGGACAGAAUUCUGGUCAAUCAAGACUUUUUUGAUUUAUGGUCGGAUGGGUGUUUAACGGCCUUACAAAGAUUCUUGUCUAAUCAUGCUCCAAUUCUCCUAGUUACUGACUUGUCGAAUUUCGGGCUCGUUCCUUUUAGAUUCUUCAACUCUUGGCUUGAAGAAUCCGAUUUGGCUAAUGUGAUUUCUAAAGCUCUGGAGGAUUUUCAAGGUGGUGACGGGCCGCGGGAUGGUUUGUUAGCUGAUAAAUUAAAACUCAUCCGGGAUCGUAUAAAGGAGUGGGUCAAGGGCAAGAAAAUAAAGGAGGGUGAAUCUAAAGCUUCGAACACUGCCGACUUAUUAAAUGUGGAAGGGAUCAUGAAGCAGAGAGAUCUCACAGAUGAGGAAGAAUGGGUCAGGGCCGAAUGCAUAAAAAACUUGGCAGAAUUCGAAGAUAAAACGACUAAAGAUAUUCGUCAAAAAUCUCGAGUGAAUUGGGCGUCUUUUGGGGAUGAGAAUUCAGCGUUUUUUCACAGAUCGAUCAAGAUUAAAUCGGCUUCUAGCAAGAUUCACAGACUCACUGUUGAUGGUCGGUGGUGCAACAAUCCGGUUCACGUGAAGAAAACGGUCCAUCAUUUUUUUAGAGAUCGGUUUAAAGAGCCCUUGAAGCUUAGGCCGUGUAUGAGCGCUUUAUCCUUUAAAUCCAUUUCAGUAGAGGAGGCGACGAUGCUCAUCCAACCGUUCUCUAGAGUAGAAGUUAAACAAGCAGUUUGGGAGUGCGGUGAUGAUAAGGCCCCUGGGCCCACUGGUUUUAAUUUUAGAUUCUUCAAACGCUUCUGGAACCUUUUUGAAGAAGACUUCGUCAAAGUUAUGGAGAAUUUUUUUUGA